AUGCUUAUUCAGCAGGGAAAACAAAUCUGUUGCUAUGAUUGUAUUCCGUGCCCCUCAGGGAGGAUCUCAACUCAAAAGGAUGUGGAUGGAUGUGAGCUGUGCCCAGAAGACCAGUAUCCUAACACGAAUCAGCACAAAUGUAUUCCCAAAGUAAUGACUUUCCUGUCCUAUGAAGAUGGCCUGGGAGCAGCUCUGACAUCUUUGGCUCUUCUCCUUUCCAUGGCCACAGUCGUUGUGAUGGGAAUCUUCAGGUUACGCUCAAACACUCCCAUUGUCAAGGCCAACAACUGGAGCAUCACGUGUAUCCUGCUCUCCUCUCUGCUCCUAUGUUUCCUCUGCUCUUUCUUCUUCAUAGGAAGACCCAGGAAGAUGACCUGCCUUUUAAGGCAAGCUGUGUUUGGCAUCACCUUCUCCAUUGCUGUUUCCUGCAUACUGGCCAAAACGAUCACUGUGGUUCUGGCCUUUGUGGCUACCAAACCAGGGAAUAAGAUGAGGAAGUGGGUGGGAAGGAGGAUAGCAAUCUUGGUCAUGGUGGUUUGUUCUUUGAUUCAGAUUUGCAUCUGUGCUGUUUGGUUGGUGAACAAGCCCCCCUUUCCAGAAUUAGAGAAGCAUUCCCAAGUGGGCGAGAUCCUAGUGCAGUGCCAUGAAGGCUCAGAUGUCAUGUUCUACGUUGUGCUGGGCUACCUGGGUCUUCUGGCCAUUGUCAGCUUCACGGUGGCUUUCUUUGCCAGGAAACUGCCUGACAGUUUCAAUGAAGCCAAGUUCAUCACUUUCAGCAUGUUGGUGUUUUGCAGCGUUUGGUUGUCCUUCAUCCCCACCUACCUGAGCACAAAGGGAAAAUCCAUGGUAGCCGUGGAGAUCUUCUCCAUCUUAGCCUCUGCUUUUGGUUUAUUGAGUUGUAUUUUCCUUCCCAAGUGCUACAUUAUUCUAAUGAGGCCUGAAUUAAAUAAGAAGGAGCAAUUGGUAAGGAAAAGGAAUGAUUGA